AUGGGUGAUCGCAAUUUUUCUGAUUCUAAGCGCAAUCACAGCAAAGAUCAUAGUAAUUUGUUUUUGGAUCGAUGCUCCGAUAACUAUUACAAUGCAAAACAUUGCUCCAGAAAACGAAAUUUGCCACUCAAUUCGGAUAUUCCAGGGGAACAAAUACGCAAGCAGUCAUCAUCCGAAGAGAACGAUGAACUUGACUAUAUAGCGAGCAAUUUUUUUGAUGAAGAUGACGAUGAUGGCAAUUCGAGUACCAUUGAAGAACCAGAAGAUGAUAAAUCUUAAGGUGAGAUUGAUAUCAGUUAUCAGUUUCAUACUACAACUAAUUUCAAUAAUACUGCACGCGGCUUUGCAAGUGGUACUGAUUCCAUCUGUCACCAUCAUUCCCAACAAUUAUUUUAUACUGGACACAUGCCGAUCAGUUCACAUUAUGUGGUCAAUUGCAGUACAGUACCAGGUAAUAUUAUUGGCGGUAGCGAAAGUUCAUAUGGACGUGUUAACGGUAUGUCCAUAGCCACCACAGCAACAAAUGGAAUAAUGAAUCGAAAUGUAAAUCAGCAGGGUCUUAAUACAAUUGAACCGUUUAUUCGACCUCCAUUCAACAAUUCAAAACCAACAAUUUGCAAUUUUGGUUUAAGUCGUACGAUGUAUGGUAACUUUGGUCACUCAUUACCAUCACUACAUGGUAUGCCCAUGCUUGCUUCGGAAACGUUUUGUGCGGUACCUGGUCGAACGUCAUUGCUCAGUUCUACUACAAAGUAUCACGUCACCAUUGGAGAGGUUUAUAGGCGUAUCUCACCACCAGAAUGCUUGAAUGCUUCGCUACUUGGAGGAAUUUUACGAAAAGCUAAAUCAAAAGAUGGCGGAAAAACUCUGCGCGAUAGUUUGAAACGAGUUGGAUUAACAUUACCGGCUGGGCGACGAAAGGCUGCUACCGUUACAGCAUGGACAGCUUUAGUAGAAGAGGAGGCAUUACAAAUGGCUAAAGACUUUGCGGCACUUAGUGAGAAAGCAUUCCCAGUACGACAAAUUGCUGAAUUUAUUUGCAAUCGAAUGAUUUGGCAGGAUAAUCCGCGUGAAUGUUGCACGUUUAUCGAGCAUACAAGAUUAUUUAUCAAAGAAUUAUUGGGAAUUGUCAAUGGUGAAUAUUCUGGAAUAAUGUUUGGUAAUCAAUCGAAUCUGAAUUCAUUGACCGCCCCUACUAUGCAAUAUGGCCUUGCACACUUCUCCCUGUUAACGCAUGGUUUUGGACCUCUGGCAUUUGUUGCGGUAUUCGAUACAUUGAUUUCAAUGCUUGAUGAAAUGCUAAAAUGCUAUGAUCGAAAUGAGCAGCAUUUAAAUAUUCCAUUAUCAGAGAUAUCCGUAACACAUAUACCUUCUAAUCGUUUUACCUACAGCAAUAAUAUAUAA